AUGGCUGAGGAAAAAAUUGGGAUUGCUAAGGAUGUCACCGAAUUGAUUGGUAAAACUCCAUUGGUAUACUUGAAAAAUGUUACUGAUGGUUGUGUGGCUCGUGUUGCGGCCAAGCUGGAAUCGAUGGAGCCGUGUUCUAGCGUCAAGGAUAGGAUUGGUUACAGUAUGAUUAAAGAUGCUGAAGCAAAAGGCCUUAUCACACCCGGAGAGACUGUUCUCAUUGAGCCCACAAGUGGUAACACCGGCAUAGGCUUGGCAUUCAUGGCAGCAGCUAAAGGAUACAAGCUUAUAAUCACCAUGCCAACUUCCAUGAGCUUGGAACGCAAAAUCAUUCUCCGUGCUUUUGGUGCCGAGUUGGUUCUUACUGACCCGGCUAAGGGAAUGAAAGGUGCUGUUCAGAAGGCUGAGGAGAUUCGUGAUAAGACACCAAAUUCUUACAUCCUCCAACAAUUUGAGAACCCUGCCAAUCCAAAGAUACACUAUGAAACUACGGGCCCUGAGAUCUGGAAAGGGACGGAUGGGAAAAUUGAUGCAUUUGUUUCUGGAAUUGGUACUGGAGGCACGAUAACUGGUGCUGGGAAGUUUCUUAAGGAACAAAACCCUGACAUAAAGCUAUAUGGUGUGGAACCAGUUGAAAGUCCCGUUCUUUCUGGUGGGAAGCCUGGUCCUCACAAAAUCCAAGGAAUAGGAGCUGGUUUCAUUCCAGGUGUUUUGGACGUUCAUCUCAUAGACGAGGUUCUUCAAGUCUCAAGUGAUGAGGCCAUAGAGACUGCGAAGCUUCUUGCUUUGAAAGAGGGCUUGCUGGUGGGAAUUUCAUCCGGUGCAGCAGCAGCAGCUGCAAUUAGGAUCGCAAAACGGCCUGAAAAUGCUGGGAAGCUCAUUGUUGUUAUCUUCCCUAGCUUUGGCGAACGUUAUCUUUCCUCUGUACUCUUUGAGUCGGUUAGACACGAGGCCGAGCACAUGACUUUUGAGCCGUGA